UCCUGUACCCGGAAACUAAACUCAGGCUGCUGUCAGUGACACUUGUGCGUUGCUACUACUUUUUUGUUUACAAUAUGUAAUGAGUUAAUAAACUCGAAAAGAAAGUCUGAAGUUUGGUCUUUGCUUUGAAAUUUUGCAACCUGAGGUCUUGCAUUACUCUUCUAUUUGAAAUAUGAGUUUGUGAUUGGUGUGUAAAGUGCCAGUGACGGUGUUUAAUGUCUUGACUUCACGUAGAUCUAACGAACUAGAGAGUCUACUGCUACCGCUGUGGUGUGUGUGGAGUGGAGCUCGGCAGAAACUGAAAAAGCAUGGUUUGGAUUUCUUGAACAAGUCCUUCUUCUUAUGAUUGUGGGCACUCUGAUUCGCAGUUAUGUCAACAUUUGAUGACCUUAUUCUCCAUUUAGCAGCUGCAUUGUGUGCCUUGAUUACCGGAAAGUGAACUUGUUUAUGUUCGUUUUUUUUUUUUUUUGUGUUACAAGAUUACUGCUGCAACAGCUCUUUGCAUGAAAUUCAGGCUACAAGUGAAAGAAAAUGGCGGCUCUUAUGGUGAAUGGGGGACCUCCAACCCCAGACAUGGUAGAAGUAAUGCGGAUCCUUGAAAUGGGCCUAGUCACCACAAUAUUUUUCUACAGAAAGCGCCCCGAGCGAAGAACUCUGAAAAUUAAGUUGGAAAGUCGGCAGCUGAUGUGGAUCAAGAGUCAAGCUGGGAGACCAGAAGGAAUAGCAAACCUCAGAGAUGUCAAAGAAGUUCGCUGUGGGAAGAAUUCAAAGGACUUUGACAAGUGGCCUGAUGAAGCUAAAAAGGUGGAUGCUCGCAACAGCUUCACUGUUUAUUAUGGCACUGACUUCAAGCUGAAAUCCCUUUCAGUUGUUGCCAAUGACCAUGACGAGUUCAACCAUUGGAGCAAGGGUCUGGACUACCUUGUCAGGGAAACAAAAGAAGCAUGCUAUCAGCUUCAGCUUGAAAGAUGGCUCAGGAAAGAAUUCUACCUCAUGGAAAAGAUUGGAUCUUAUGUAGUAACUUUAAAAAAUAUGAAAGCCUGGCUGCCAAGAAUAAAUUUCAAGAUGUCUAUCAACAAAUUAAGAGAGCGUUUCCAGGAAUUUGACACUGACGGGAAAGGAGAAAUUAACUAUGAGCAGUUUGCUGCCCUUUAUCACAAACUUAUUCAUGUGCAGUCGGUUCUUGAUGAAAACUUUGACAAGUACUUUGAGCAAACAUGGGAGGACAGGCUCAUGAGAGCAGAGAUGUUUCAACAGUUUCUGGUGGAAGAGCAAAAGGACCCCAGAGCCAGUGACCUGGGCUAUGUCAGAAGAAUAAUGCUGGAGUUCCUGGACGAUCAAGUGCGAGCUGCCGGGGGGCUUUUCUUCACUCAGCAAGAGUUUGAAGAUUACCUCUUCUCCCAGCAUAAUCCUCUGUAUGACUCCAAGUAUGAAGCAAUUACGCAAGACAUGACCCAGCCCCUGUCGUCUUACUGGAUUGCUUCCUCUCAUAACACAUACUUAACCGGUGACCAGCUGUACAGCAGUUCUUCCACUGAAGCCUACGCCCGGGCUUUGCACAUGGGCUGCAGAUGCCUUGAGUUGGACUGCUGGGAUGGGCCAGAUGGGUACCCAAACAUCUACCACGGCCACACACUGACUUCCAAGAUCAAGUUCCUGGAUGUUCUGAAGACCAUCAAUGACCAUGCCUGGGUGGCCUCUGAGUACCCUCUUAUCCUUUCCAUUGAGAAUCAUUGCAGUCUAGGUCAGCAGAGAAACAUGGCCAUUGCCUUCAGAGAUACAUUUGGAGACAAGCUACUUGUGGAACCCAUCAACAAAGAUGCCACUGUGAUGCCUUCACCUCAGGACCUCAAGUACAAGAUCAUCCUCAAGCACAAGAAGCUCCCCGAAUGGGUGGAUGGAAAUGAGUGGCGGUACACAGUCUCCACUGAAGACAGUGGUACAAUGGAUGUAGAUCUGAGCACAUCAAUCAGGAAUGGAAUUCUCUACCUGGAGGACCAGUAUGAUCAUACCUGGCAUCCUCACUUCUUUGUCCUGAACGGGAGCAAACUGUACUACACAGAAGAAAACCCCAGCCCUGACCAAGAUGAUGAAGUUGAAGAAGAAGACAUUGAGGGGAGACCUGUGGAUGAGCUUCACUUCAGCGAGAAAUGGUUCCACGGCCGCUUGGAAGGUGGCAGGAGGAAGGCGGAGGAGUUGUUGAGGCACUACAGCUAUCUGGGCAACGGGACCUUCUUAGUGCGUGAGAGCGACACUUUUGUGGGAGAUUUCUCACUGUCCUUUUGGCGUCAGAACCAUGUGAACCAUUGCCGCAUCAAGUCACGGCAGGAGCGAGGCCAGGUCAAGUUCUACCUGAUUGAUGCAGUGACCUUUGACAGCUUGUACCACCUGAUCAUGCACUAUCGGCAGUUUCCUCUGCGGAGCUCAGACUUCACCCAAGUGCUACGGGAUCCUGUACCACAGCCUCAGAGCCAUGAAGGAAAACCAUGGUAUCAUGAAGGAAUGAGUCGCACAGCUGCAGAGGAGUUGCUCAAAAGGAUCCCAAAUGAUGGGGCAUUCUUAGUCCGUCACAGUGGGACUGACCAGUACUCUUACGCAAUCUCAUUCAGGGCUGAGGGGAAGAUCAAGCAUUGCCGCAUCAAAUUGGAAGGCCGUCUGUUCCUCAUCGGCAAUGCCCAGUUUGAGUCUUUGGUGGAGCUUGUAUCUCACUACGAGCACUCCCCUCUGUACAAAAAGAUGAAACUUCGGCAACCAGUGAACCAAGCUUUAGUGGAGCGACUGAACAUUGCCCCUGAUGAUACGGGUAUCUAUGGAGCUCCUGACCUAUAUAUAAAUCCAAAUGAUUUCACCACUAAGGCCCCGGAUGACAGCGACAUUUAUGAGCCUGGGAUUUACCAUCUCCCCAACGACUUUAUCAGUAAGCGUGGUACUCUUAGGAGGAAGAAAAAAUCGCUGAGAGUGAAAGCGUUACACGACUACAGCGCCAAUCGCAGCGAUGAACUUUCCUUCUGCAAGGACUCCAUCAUCACCAACGUCACCAAGCAGGACGGAGGAUGGUGGCGUGGUGACUAUGGUGCGAUGAAGCAGCUUUUGUUUCCCGCCAAUUACACGGAGGAGAUGGACACUCAGUCGGACAACUCCUCUGACUCGGCCCCUCUUGGUGUGCUGCAGGAAGGAGCCAUCGAUGUACAAGGAUGUCUCAUUGAUGUACUCCCUCCAAGAGGCAAUCGUUUUGCAUUCCGCAUUGCCCCACGGAACAACAGUCCCCCCAUUGAAAUAGCAGUGGACACAGAGGAGGAGAUGAAUGAGUGGAUUGAGAAGAUUUCAAUUUCGUCCUCCACCGCUGUUCAAAGGACAUCAGAGCAGAAGAUGCUGGAACGUACCAUGAGGAUUGCACGGGAGUUUUCUGACCUCAUUGUGUACUGCCGUGCCGUGCCCUUCAAUCCUGAUGAAAUUCCUGGUCCGUACUAUGAAAUGUCAUCAUUUCCAGAAACAAAAGUAGAAAAAUGGGUGAAUAGCUUCAGAGCCAAACAGUUUAUUGCCUACCACAGAAACCAGCUCAGUCGUGUGUACCCCAAAGGUCAGCGAGUAGACUCCACUAAUUAUAACCCUGUACCCAUGUGGAACUGUGGCUGCCAGAUGCUGGCCUUGAACUACCAAACGCCAGAUCGAGCUAUGCAGCUAAACCAAGGUCGCUUUCUCAUGAACGGAAGGUGCGGGUAUGUGCUCCAGCCAGAUGUGAUGAGGGGAGAGCAGUAUAACCCGUAUGAGAAGAAGUUCCUGUCCUCGCUGAAUGUGGAGCCCCUCACGCUGACCAUCAGUAUUUUAGCUGCCCGCCAUCUGGUCAAACAAGGUCGGGGCAUUGCCAGUCCCUUCGUGGACAUUGAGAUUACAGGGAUGGAGUGUGACAAUCAAAAGUUCAAGACCACACCGCAAGUGGACAAUGGUCUGAACCCUGUCUGGGGUGAGACAAUGGUCUUUGACAUCCUGUGCCCAGAGCUGGCCUUGGUUCGCUUUGCUGUCAUGGAAGAGGACAUCUUUGGGGAACCCAACUUCCUUGGUCAGGCCACCUACCCUGUGCAGUGCAUCAAACCAGGCUACCGGGCCAUCCAACUGUGCAAUGGCUUUGGGGAGAAACUGGAGCUUGCCUCGGUUCUGGUCUUCAUAGAAAUGAGAAACCCGAAGGAGGGAGAAGAAAGUGACAUCUACGCCACUAUUCAGUUGCUGAGGGAGGAGUCGGACAAACUGACAGCAGAAAUUGAAUCUCUGGAGACAAGGGGUGACCGUGAGCACGCUAUCGUAGCAAGGAGAGAACUGCAGCAGACGCAGGAGAGACUGCUCGCCAAACGGCAGGAGAGACAGCAGCGCAAGGUCAAUGCUCGUCCCCAGGUUGUGUACAUCAGACAGUCGCAUGCAUAAUUGUCCAGGAGGUCCGGGCCAGGCAGAGCAUGCAGCACACCUGAGUUGAUUGUACGGCUGCAUUCACCCCCACCACCUUUCACCCUACCGCCAUAACGCUUCGUCUCUUGUGACUUGACGCUGUACUCCUUUCCGUAUCUUCAGGGACUUUUUCAUAUGUGGCUUAUGCCAGUCCUGGUACCAUAUUUGUAAAGGCAUUACCAGAAUCUAACUGUUCUUUUUUCUGUUUUCACCCUACCCGUACGUCGUGUUUUACUAUUGUAAUCCAUACGACAUGGGGAACU